GCAAUGAAUAUCCAGAUUUGAUUUAACCGUUGUCUGUUUCGUGGUAAUCAAGUGCAAAAACAAAAGAAAAAUCAUCAUGAAAGUGGCCGUACUUUUGGCUUUUGCCUGCUUCAGCGUUUGCUAUGUCAUCGCAUUGAACGAGGUCGUUUGGGGCACUGAAACACAAAGUGUUUUGGGCAAUAAAAAAGUUGAAGUCAAAUCAGGCAUUUUCGAUAACAAAAUCCACACUUACGUAUUCACUUUUCCACAGGACCCAACCGAACAACGUUUCCCAAUCUUAGGUAUCAAGCACGUUGACUACAAAUCCCAUCCAGUAACCGUUCAUUUCUUGAAAGGAGGCAUUGGAGACACUUCCGUUACCAUUCUCGUUGAAUCACAACGUGGCCAUGGAAUCAAAUCCGAAUUCGUUUUCUUCACAUAGGUCAAUGAUUUUGUUCAAAUCAAAUGAAAACAGAUCGAAAUGAAAUGUCCAGAAUAAAAAUACAUUUUUUGUGAGCAAA